AGAAGAACUUUUUUUUUUCUGAAGGAAUUGAUGACCACAUCAAAGGCUUCUGAUAUUAUGAAAACGAUUUCUGACUUUUUUGAAGAAAAUAGACUUUCAUGGGGAAAACUGGUUGGUGUAUGCACAGACUGUGCUCCAGCAAUGCUUGGCUCUCACUCUGGAUUUGUGACAGUGAAAGAAAAAAAUCCAGCCAUAACCACAACUCACUGCUCAUUACACAGACAAGCGUUGGCUGCUAAAACCCUUCCAGAUGAUCUACGUGACUCAUUGAAUUUGGCCAUCAAAGUUGUCAAUUUUGUGAAGAACAGUGCUUUAAAUACGAAACUUUUUGAUGCUGUUUCCACGAAUUUGAGAGCGGAUCAUAAAACUCUUUUGCUUCACACAGAGGUACAAUGGCUGUCCAAAGAUAACAUGCUUUCGAGAUUAUUCAUACUGAAAGAUGAAGUGGAAAUUUUCCACAAGCAACAGAAGAAAGAAGAGUUACAUUAUGCAUUUACGGACCAAAUGUUUCAACUUUCACUGGUGUACCUUGUGGACAUUUCUGAAUCUUUGAACAACCUCAAUUUGAAGCUGCAAGAAAACAACGCUGCAAACAUUAUAGUUCACCAUGAUGCCAUCAAAGCAUUUACAGAAAAAGUCCAGCUUUGGAAACAUCAAACACAUGUUCAGAUGCCUAACUUUUCGUUUUUUCUGACAUUUUCAUCACUCUCUGAAAAUAAAGGUUUCCAAGAAGUUUGUAAAGAGGAUGUGAAGAACAAAACUGUGUUUCACCUGGACUGCCUUGCUGACGAAUUCAUCCCCUAUUUUCCAGACAACUUUUUUGGCAACCCCAUUCAUAAAUUAGUAUGCAAUCCAUUCAACAUUGAUAUUGAUUAAUUGCCAGAAGGAUUGCAAGAACAAGCACUCAAAAUAAAAUAUGAUUCAAGUGCAAAAGAUAAUUUCGAAAACACAAGCUUGGAGGAAUUCUGGAUAAAAUAUUUCCCAAUGUAUUCAAAAGUAGCAGAAGAAGCGCUACGUAUUCUUCUUCUUCCAUUUUUAUCAACAUACCUCUGUGAAAAAAAGCUUUUCAAGUUUAGUCACAUUAACAACAAAACAAAGAAAUCGACUGGAUGUCGAAAACUAUUUGCAUUGCGUACUUUCAUCUUUCAAACCUAGGAUUUCCCAACUUGUGAAGAAAAUGCAGCAUCAUCCUUCUCAUUAAAUUCAAU